UAUUUACUUUUAAAAAUUCUUUGGUGGUUGCUAUCAAAUUUGAAAAUUUUCUCUAGGUUUUCUCGCCCAUUUGGUGACCCCAACCUUGCCAUAAUGUGUAACACAGAUUGCUGCGCAUCCAGGUCGCCAAUUGGCAAGCGAAUGGCGGCCCGCCGGCUUUUGCAACUGGAGGAAGAGGAGCGCAGGAAGCCCAAGCUGGUGAUCCCGACGCCCCAGAGCCUCUUCUAUCCAUUCGAAGAGGUGGAGGCCAUGGCCCAAUAUGUCAUUGAAAUCAGUCACAUCCGUCCGAAGUACGGUUUAAUUUGUGGCAGCUUCUUGGGCUCCAUGAUCUCACUGGUGGAGCAGCCGGUGGUCAUUCCCUUCGAGGAUAUCCCCAACUUUCCCGCCGGCAUUGAACCAAAUGGUAGCCUAGUUAUGGGCAAUGUUAUGGGUGCUCCCAUAAUCGCGCUGGUCGAUCGAUUCCAAUCCUGCGAUGGCUUCAAUCAGGCCACCUGUGCGCUGCCCGUCCGCGUGAUGCAGUUGUGCGGGGUCAAGACCAUCAUGCUGACCUCCGCGGCAGCCGCUGUCAAUCCAAGAUACGGCCUGGGCGAUAUAAUGCUGAUCGAAGACCACAUCAACAUUGUGGGCAUGAUGCAUCAGACUUCGAUGGAGGGACCAAGUGAUCCCCGAUUUGGCAGCCGAUUCUUUUCAAUGGUCAAUGCCUACGAUAAGGAUUUGUUGGCAUUGGGUCUCGGGAUUGGCAAGGAGAUUGGCAUUAACAAAUUCCUGCAUCGUGGCGUUUUCGCCUGCUUGGGAGGUCCUGUCUACGAAACUCUGGCCGAAGAGCGAGCCCUGCGAUCAAUGGACGUGGAUGCCGUGGGCAUGUCCUUGGUGCCCGAAGUUCUGGCCGCCCAUCAUGGUGGUCUAAAGAUAUUCUCCUUUGUAAUUAUCAGUAUGAUGGCAAACGAAAAGCCCGUCGAGGAACCUGAUAAGGAAACGGAUUCCAGAACGUCCAAAAUUGAGGAGGUGUCCUUGGAGGUUCCACCGCUUAGGGUGCAGGCAUGUUCCGAUUUGAUCGGUCGUCUUUUGUACCAUAUGCACCAAGAGCACUGACGAUCGAUUCGUCCCGUCCCAAAAAUAGAUUUCUUGAAGCCCACGC